AUGGAGGGCGGGGGCAUUUCUCCAGUCUCGUCGCCGUCGCGGGCAACCGGCGGGCAGGUCAACGGCCGCGCUUGGUCGGCCGUCGCGGCCGCCAGCGUCGCCCUCAUCCUGCUCUACAUUUUUUGGCGGUUCGUAUGGCAGGGCAAGAAAGACGCGCCGAGGAACGACGGCACCGGCGCCGCCACCUCGUCCGCUCCACCGUCGCCACCUUCAUGCCCGUCGCACGUGGCUGGCGGAACGAGCGACGGAGAACGCGGCGAGAACGAGAGGACGCAGCUCCCGGUAUUCGUGCACGUGGCCACGGAGAAGGCGGAGUGUGCGGUGUGCCUGGUGGAGUUUGGGCUCGGCGAGAUCGGGCGGCUCAUGCCGGGCUGCGGCCACGGGUUCCACACCGCCUGCAUCGAGACGUGGUUCCGGAUGAGAUCGACAUGUCCGCUCUGCCGCGCCGCGGUGGUACAAGAGCGGAUCGCCGUUGAUCAGUCUCCACGUGGCGCGUGGUAA